AUGAGCCCCAAGAACGUCGUCAUUACCGGUGCUAGCGGUCUGCUCGGCCGCGCGGCCGUGACCUACUUCCGCGCCCAGGGCGACAAUGUGACUGCCCUCGCAUGGACGCGUGCCGACAAGGACGCGAGCUACACCAAGCUCGACCUCACCGAUGCUGCGGCUGUGGACGCGUGGUUUGCUGCCAACAAGGUCGACGCCGUGGUCCACUGUGCCGCUGAGCGCCGCCCCGACGUUGCCGAAGCGAACCCCGAGGCGGCCGAGACCAUCAACGUCGCCGUCCCCAAGCACCUCGGCGAGCUCGCUGUCAAGCACGGUUUCACCCUGCUUUACAUUUCCACCGACUAUGUGUUCAACGGUCGCAACCCUCCCUACGAGGUCGAGGCCACCCCCGACCCGCUCCAGAUGUACGGCCGCCAGAAGCUUGCGGGCGAGAAAGCGACCCUUGGCGCACGUGAGCAGGGUGCCAAUGCCGCUGCUAUCCGUGUCCCCGUCUUGUUCGGUCGUGCCGAGUACAAUGGCGAAUCGGCGGUCAACAUUCUUGUAGAGGUCGUCAAGGACCAGUCUGGCAAGGCUUACAGCAUGGACGACUAUCAGGUCCGUAACCCGACCAACGUCGAGGACGUCGCCCGUGUCCUGUACGACCUUACCCACCUGUCGAAGCCCCUUCCCCCUCUCAUUCACUUCCGCUCGUCGGGUCCAGACAUGACCAAGUGGGACAUGACCAAGACUCUUGGCCGUAUCCUCAACCAGCCCAUUACGCACGUCACUCCCCAGAGCGGCAAGCCUGAGAUCAAGCCUGGCCAGACUGAACGUCCGUGGAACACCAAGCUCACGGUCAAGGUCCUCGAGGAGCUGGGCGUCAGGACGGACGAUGAAAAGUCGUUUGAGCAGUGGUGGACGGCGUACCUUGCCGAGAAGCCCAACGGAUUCUAA